UAAAUGAAAGGACAGUAAGGAGAGCAGAACAAACUCCUAACAGGAGGAGACUCACUCAUGGCCUAUGAGACAGAGAAACAUGAGACUCAAUACUGCUUUCCUGCCAUCAACUCAUCAUGUAUCAAGGGAAAACGCUCCAGACAUGAAUACAAUAUCAUGUAUGUUUUUUUUUCAUUGCUGUCAGCAUGGACUGUGUUUCUGAACCUGCUGGUGAUCAUCUCCAUCUCUCACUUCAAGAAGCUUCACACUCCAACCAACCUGAUCAUUCUCUCUCUGGCUGUGGUUGACCUGCUUAUUGGACUUAUUGUGAUGCCUGUGGAUGCCAUAAAGCUGAUUGAGACAUGUUGGUACUUUGGAGACACUUUCUGUGCACUGUUUAUGGCAAUUUUGGGGGUGGUUCUCUCAGCAUCUCUCAGUAAUUUAGUUUUAAUUGCGAUUGAUCGUUAUGUGGCUGUGUGUCACCCUUUACUGUACCCACAGAAAAUAACCACAACUAGAACCAUAAUGACCAUCUGUUUUUGUUGGUUUUGCUCUUCAGCUUAUACCACUGCCCUGUCAAGCAGCAACGGACGUUUUGACACAUCACACAAAACAGAUGCAUGUUAUGGAGAGUGUUAUUUCAUGAUGAAUUUUACAUGGACAGUCACUGAUCUGUUCAUGUCCUUGUUGCUUCCUUGUAUCCUGAUCAUAACUUUAUAUUUGAGGAUAUUUUAUAUUGUACAUCAGCAAGUGAAAGUUAUAAACUCUCUGAUGAAGGGUGGUAAAUGUGUAAUGGAAGGUUCAGUGAGGAGGAAAUCUGAGAGCAAAGCUGCUCUGACAUUAGGAAUCAUUGUGGCAAUUCAUAUUCUCUGCUGGUUACCUCUCUAUAUUUUUUAUCUAACAAGAAAUACAGUAAUGUCCUCUGUAAUUGUGAAUUUUCUAACAUGGGUCUACUAUAUUAACUCAGGCCUGAAUCCUCUUAUCUAUGCUUUAUUUUACCCUUGGUUUAGAAGGUCAUUUAAACACAUCCUAUCACUUAAGAUAUUUCAGUCAGCAUCAUCUUUGGUGGAUAUUUUUGCAAAUGAUCAUUCAUGAGUGCUGUAUUUCACAAUGUAUUUGUGUUUCAGCUUUCAAAAUGGUAAAGCUCACUUUCAAGCUGCACCCUCUGAUAUAUAUUACAAACCCGAAAAUAAAAAGAUUUCAAAAUGAUCAAAACAGCACUCCAAUGCAACUUCUGAUGAAAGGACAGACUAAUUGUUUGUUAAUAAACCUAAACCAAGGCCCUCCAGACAAGUCAUAUUAAAUAAUAAAAAUAAUACAUACUUUUUUUCCCCCCAAUAAAAUAAACUAUCACACAGUUAUUUGAAUCAAAGAUUCAUUAAUUAAUUAUUAUUAUGUGUCAAAUCAGUGAAUCAGUUGAUUCACUUCACCAUACAGUUGUAAAUGAUUUGUUCACAGGGAUGUUGAUCCAGGAACAUGUCCAAUCUUGCUAAAUUGUGUAAUCAGUUGUCAGCUGAAACAUUUACUUUUUUGUUUGAUUCGUUUGUUCUAUUGGAAUGUGUUUCUCUGUAUUGUUGUAUGCAAUUCUUUUUGGCAUGAAUUAGAAAUGUAUUUGUGUAGGUUUAAUAAUAAGUUUAAUGAAACAUCUGAAUAUUUCAUUACCAUACAACAUUUUACAAAUAAAAUGUUUUUUUGAAUUGUUAACAUUAAUUAAUGAUUCAACUAAUAAGUAAGAAUAAAACAAAUAAA